UACAACAACGGCCUUACAAUUCAUUUCGAUAAAGUGGCCUCGAUCGGCGCCAACACGCUCAACUUUACGGACCUGGGGAGCCCUUACGAGGGCCCCCCGAGCACACCCCAGUCCGGCAUGGAUGCGCCGGACGCACCGCACACGCCGAAGUACAUCGACGGCGGUGCGACGGCAACCGCGCCCGGCAAAUCGGCGUUCGUCGAGCUGCAGCAACAUGGGUUAGUGUUGUACGGUGGCAUCCGGAGCGGUUAUCAGCAUUUUAGCGCACAGGGCGGUCAGGAUUCGGGCUUUCCGAGUCCACGCGGUGCCCUCGGCUACCCGUUUCCACCGAUGCACCAGAACUCGUACUCUGGGUAUCAUUUAGGCAGUUACGCACCACCCUGCGCUAGUCCACCAAAAGAUGAUAAAUUAGAAGACACCGGUCUGCGGGUAAACGGCAAGGGCAAGAAGAUGCGAAAACCGCGCACCAUCUACAGCUCCCUGCAGCUACAGCAGCUCAACCGAAGAUUUCAGCGAACACAGUACCUUGCGCUACCGGAGCGAGCCGAGCUCGCCGCCAGCCUCGGGCUGACGCAGACACAGGUUAAGAUUUGGUUUCAGAAUCGACGAUCCAAGUACAAGAAGAUGAUGAAAGCUGCCCAAGCACCAGGCGUUGGAGGUGGACUUCCAUUGGGUGGACCGAACCAGGGAGGCCACAGUCCGUCACAGCACCAGAACAUGCAUCAAGGUAAGAUGACCGGUGGUGGCUCUAGCAGUGGUUCGCCUUCGCAUUUCCUACCUCCCGGACACAGUCCAACGCCGUCUAGCACACCCGUCUCGGAACUAUCACCUGGUCUUAGUCCGCCCUCGCAAGCACCCUGGGAGCAGAAACCGCCACCGCAUUGGGCCGACCACAAACCACCGCAGAUGGCACCGCAGACGAAUCAUGCACCUCCGCAACCGACCCAUGCACCGCAGAUGGGUGGCUACGUACCUCAGUACUGGUAUCAGCCGGAAACGAACCCGUCGCUGUUAACAGUGUGGCCAGCGGUUUAACAUAACGAGAAUGUAAAUUAUAAUUUUAAUCAUCCCUAGUGCAUAAGACGGUAAGACAUAACUCUCCUAGAUAAGUGUGGUGGCAUAGGUAGCGAUCCUAUACUGCCGGC